AUGCUCUCGUUAAGCACUUCUGGCGUCUUUGUCUCACUCAUAUAUCUCGUUGGCACUGUACAGUCCCUGCACAUACACCGUCCUCAUAAACAUGAAAUCAUCCGACGUGACAAUACAACCAUCUCAUUACAGCGCGAACCCAGCUCAGCACCAGCGACGCAAGCUGCUGAGUUGCUGGAGACUGUCACUUCUAUACAGGAAGGCUUAUCCGACCUACCGCAAGAUGUACUAGAGUUUCUCAAGGCAAUUGAUGAUCGUCUGCACGAACAAGAGGCUCUACUAGCAAGCCUGCUAGCUGUCUUUGCGACUGCGUCAGAGGCAGCACCACUAUCGACAACGUUGGCCAUCGCCAAUGCAACAUCGACCCAACUGCUUGUGUCUUCUAGUACAAGCUUCAAGAUCUCAAGCCCUACGACCGUUGAUACCUCUUCUCUGACCAUAGCGACUGCGUGCCGUCGUGGUGGAGCAGACCCACUCGUUCCCUGCUCUUCCUCGUCCGACCAGGUUUCUCCAUCAAUCUCGACUACCACCUCAUCAACACCAAGAUCUCGCGUCACUCGAACUUUGACCAGAACAACGCACAUACCAGUGUCGGUCACCCCCUUUGUCCAACCUCUACCAUUCUCAAACACCACGAACUCUGGAGAGACAGUUCAAGAGACAUCAUCCGCAUCUUCAAUACCUGUGCUGCCCAUACCAUCCGUCUACAGUCCCCCAGACACUAAUGGCCCGAGCAUCAAUACGACUGCAACAUCUGCGGAUUCACAAGCCAUGGCACCCUACAACUCUGUCCCAUCUCCCACAAGCACCAACUACAUCUUCAAGACCAGCCGACAGAACAAUGUCGCUGUCUACUAUGGCCAAACGCCCGAUACCGGAACCGGCGACCUAUUGCAACUCUGCCAAAACAGCAAUGUCGACAUCGUAGUCCUAGCCUUUGUCACAUCUUUCUUCACAAACGGCGGCUUCCCUUCUGCCAACUUCGGCCCUAGCUGCAAAGGCAGCACAACAGCCCAACAACUUCACGCUCCCGGAUUAGAAGACUGCACCGACCUCGCGCCCGAAAUUGUAAGCUGCCAACAGCUGGGCAAGCCCGUACUCGUCUCUUUAGGCGGCUACUACUCUAAUGUAACCUUUGCUUCCGAUACAGAAGCCAUCCAACUGGCUAAAAACCUGUGGGAUCUGUUUGGCGGAGGAGAUGGCUUGGAUGCCUCCUUACGACCCUUUGGCGACAUUAUCAUUGAUGGCUUUGACCUCGACAACGAGUCUAAAGAUUCUACCUCAUAUACCACUUUCGCGCAAGCCCUCCGCACGCUAUUUGCUUCCGACACGAGCAAGAAGUACUAUCUCUCUGCUGCUCCGCAAUGCCCCCGCCCAGACGCCAGUAUUCCAAUCUCUGCAAUGGCGCUCUGCGACUUUGUCUUUGUACAAUUCUACAACAGUCCUUCUUGCGAUCUAUCCUCUGACGGCUAUGCUGCCUCGUUUGGUGGUUGGAGUGAUGAGUUGUAUGCGGCCAACAACAAAACCAAGCUCUUUAUCGGCGCUGGUGCUUUCGAGGGUGCGGGAAGUGGGUAUGUUGAGGGUGCUGCAUUGGGACAUCAGAUCAGUCUUGCAAGACAACUCUAUACAAGCAAUCUUGGCGGUGUCAUGCUCUGGGAUGGGGUCGAGGGAUUGGCGAACGUGGAUGAAUACGGGAAUGAUUAUUUGGUUUAUGCCAAGGGGAGUUUGCAGUAG